GCCCCUGCCGCGGAACGCGAGGUGAGGCUGCUGGUUCCCGGCGGCGAAUGACGCGGCGGACGCCGGCGCAUCGCGCUGCGGAAACGGCGAGAUGGCGCGCAAGGUGGCUGUAGUGCUGUGCCUGGAUGUAGGCUGCACAAUGAGCAGUUCUGCUCCUGGUGAGGAAUCUUCACUUGAACAAGCCAAGAAGAUUAUGACAAAGUUUGUGCAGCGACAGGUUUUUGCUGAGAGUAAAGAUGAGGUUGCUGUGGUUUUGUUUGGUACUGAUGGUACUAGGAAUGACCUUGCCAGUGGAAAUCAAUACCAAAACAUUACUGUACAUAGAUCACUAAUGCUACCAGGUUUUGAUUUGCUGGAAGACAUUCAAGAUGUGAUUAAACCAGGCUCUGAAGAAGCAGACUUUCUGGAUGCAAUUAUUGUGUGUAUGGACUUGCUUCAGAAGGAAACAAUAGGAAAGAAAUAUGAGAAGAGACACAUUGAACUGUUUACAGACCUUAAGAGUCCUGCCAGUGAGGAUCAGCUGGAAAUUAUUAUUGCUAACUUGAAGAAAACAGGAAUUUCACUUCAGGUCUUUCUGCCGUUUCCAGUGGAAGUUGGUGAUGGAGAUACAAGUGCCAGCAGGCAUUCUCAUAUGCACAGGAACUCUUUUCCGAGAAAGGGUUUAACUAAGGAACAGAUGGCAGGCAUUGGCGUGGUGAGGAAACUGAUGCAUGCUUUGGAUGAAGAAGGAGGGCUGGAAGAAAUUUAUACUUUCAGAGAGAGCCUAGAGCGUCUUUCAGUGUUCAAGAAAAUAGAAAGAAGACCUAUGCCUUGGCCCUGCCAGCUCACUAUUGGUUCUAAUUUGUCUAUAAGGAUUGUGGCCUACAAAUCAGUCACAGAAGAGAAGUUGAAAAAGAUUUGGACAGUUGUGGAUGCUAAAACCCACAGAAAAGAUGAUGUGCAAAAAGAAACUGUUUACUGCUUGAACGAUGAUGAUGAGACAGAGGUUCAGAAAGAUGAUACUAUUCAAGGGUUUCGCUAUGGGAGUGAUAUAGUUCCUUUUUCCAAGGAAGAUGAAGAGCAAAUGAAAUACAAAACAGAAGCCAAAUGUUUUUCUGUUUUGGGAUUCAGCAGAUCCUCUCAGAUACAGAGACACUACUACAUGGGCAACCAGGUUCUGAAGGUCUUUGCAGCGAAAGAUGAUGAGAAUGCAGCAGUUGCUUUUUCUGCCCUUGUUCAUGCGUUGGAUGAGUUGAAUAUGGUAGCUAUAGUGCGUUACGCUUAUGAUAGAAGAUGCAACCCGCAAGUUGGAGUCGCUUUUCCAUAUAUUAAGGAUGCAUACGAGUGUCUCAUCUACGUGCAACUACCCUACAUGGAAGACUUAAGGCAGUAUAUAUUUUCAUCCUUGAAAAACAGUAAAAAGUACGUUCCUACAGCUGAUCAGCUGUCUGCCGUGGACUCUUUGAUCGAUUCUAUGAAUUUGGUUUGUGAAGAUGAGGAUGGAGGAACUUACGAGGACCUAUUUAAGCCCAGCAAAAUCCCAAACCCCCAUUUUCAGAGGUUGUAUCAGAUAUUUGGAAUGAUAAGUGACAAGAGCCAGAAUUUAAACAGAAACAUCAAGCUAAAUUAUAUCUCUGGAAGUAGUGUGUUGCAGCAUAAGGCUUUUCACCCCAAUGAGCCGCUGCCACCAGUGGACCAGCGGCUUUUAGAGAUGCUGGAGAUGCCCUGUGUGGUAAAAGAAAGGUGUCAGGCUCCUCUUGAAAAAAAUAAAAGCACUUAUCCCCUAAAGAAGUUGCAAGGAAAAAAGAAGGAAGAAGACUGCUCAAGACAUCUUCAAGACAACAGUGAAGAUGAACCUAACCCCAAGAAACCAAAAAUUGACGAUGAGGAUGGUAGCUUUAGUAUCAUAAAACUUGCUGAAGGCAACGUCACCUCUGUUGGCAGUGUUAACCCAGCAGAAGAUUUCCGAAUUCUGGUGAGGCAGAAAAACGCUGACUUCAAAGAUGUGAGUCAGCAGCAAAACCGCAUUGAUCAGUUCCUAGAAAAUAAAGGUUCACAAUACUACAUGAAAGCUAUCAACUGUAUCAGAGUUUUCAGAGAGGAGACUAUGAAGCUCUCCAAGGUGCAGUGCUUUAAUGAUUUUCUGCAGGCCCUGAAAUCCAAGGUGGAAGAUAAAGCCUUAGCUGAUUUCUGGGAGAUCAUGGUACAAGACAGAAUUUCUUUGAUCACUAAAGAUGAAGCAGAGGAAAGUUUGGUGACUAGUCAAGAGGCUGCUAAGUUCUUGGCUCCAAAAGAAAAGAAAGAUGAAACCCUUCCUCCCCCAGACGAAGGUGGUGAUGUUGAUGAUUUGCUGGACAUGAUGUGACCAGGCAAUAUAUGGUGUCUGUACAAGCAAAGGUCUGGAGGAGACCUCCCUGUGAGAUGUGGCGCAAAACAGAAGACUAAUGAGAAGACAGUGUAUCCAUCUUUAUUCUCUCAAGUGAGAAAUCCAAGAGACAUUUCCAGUUGGUUUAAAUCUCAUCUGGCUUUUCAAACUGGAAUAACUUGAAGUAUUUGUGGAAUAAUGGUACCUUUAAGGCAUUUCUCUGGCUUUUGUUUUUCUUUUGUUCCCCUUUUUUUUCCUUUAGCACACUGAAUCUAGCUUAUCCUUGGUAUUGCUUUCAGCUAAACACUACCAAGUUUAAUGAGAAUCUGUGCUGGCACCUAAAAUUCUUCUUGCAUCACUUGGGAAGGAAGACAGAAUUGUCAAGUUGAGGUUACCAGGUGGUGCUGAAUCUUUAGUGAAGGUAGCUCCAUAGCAUUACUCUUAUAGAAGGGAACAGGUCUCUAUUUUCAAAGAUUUGCCCUAUUAAAAACAAACAACCAAAUGACAACCCUCACAAAAAAAAACAAACCCAAAAAUGAGUCACAAAGCAAUACCUUGAACUCCACAACAGCAAAGCCAAGUCUGCUGGUUUUGUCACCAAAAUGGCUGCUUUUGUCACCAAAUCCAUAAUUAUGGUAGUUUCUGUACUACAGGGUCUCUGUCCUUUUAGCUCAGUAGCAGCUCAGUAGGCUCUAUCCCUUUCUGUUGCACAUUUUCCUGUUUCAUAUGCUGAGAUUUCCAACUUCUUUAGACUUUUAACUCCAGUGUGGUUACUGUAGGUGCUGCUCGUGCUAAAAGUACAGAUGACUCGGUUACGUCUGCGUGUACAUUGCUAUGUUAGCAGUCUGUCUGCAGAGGAAUCCAGGAGAGCCAUAUGCUGACACCUGUGAUAGAUAACUAGCAGUAGUUAGUGUUGGUAACCAAAAUGGAGUACUAUCAGCACAGAGCUAUCCAAAGUAGUCAAAUACCGCUUAGAAAGAGAUACUCCAAAUACAGAUCUGGAGAGACAUUAAUGACACCUUCACAGGUACUUUUUUGUGACAAGGAUUAAUUCCUUUAGAGGCUCUUGCUUCAUUACUGCAAAUGUAUAAUGUGCAAAGUGGCAUUAAGAUCAUCAAAGAGAAAAAAAUCAUGAGCUGUGUCAAAUAAUGCUUUGAAAUAUCUGUAUUUUAUACUCAACAACAGUGUGGGGGUUUUGCCCCUACCUGCCUACACAGUGGCUUGCUCCUUCCUCUCAUGAUUUGUGCUGACUGACUUCAUGCAGACUUUGAUCUGGUGUCUCAGAUGCCUAUGGCAGGUAGUAGGUGACCUUUCCAGACCUUCAGAGCAUUCAUGUCUCAGGAAGAUGUUUUUCUGAACAGUUCGUAAGAAAUACUUGGUCAGUCCAUUGUUUUGUAUGCCUCUUAAGGCAAAUUUACAGAGUGAGCACUGACUGGGUUGGAGUUCUCUACAUGUUAUUAAUGUGUCUCACUAAUAAAAUGUUCUUUAAGAUUU